UUUUUCUCUCUCUCACACACACAAAGAUAUGUCUGAUCGGAUCAUCACCGGCGGCCGACCGAUGGGUAAAACCGAACAAAGUUGGUGCAAAGCUGUCUCAUGUGGAACAGGCACAACAGUUCUAUCAUUACUAUUAUCAAAACCUCUAAACAUUACCCAUCUCCAUAAUGCCCUCCAAAACCUCCAAAAUUCCCACCCUAUCCUCGCCUCCAAAAUCACCUACUCCUCCGCCGCCGGCGCCGCCGCAUUCUCUCUCAUCAUACCAUCCACACCAGUACCUCCCUUCAAACUAAACUCAUUCCCUCUUUCAUCCACCUCAAAACUUCUCCCAACUUCAAACAACGCCGUUUCUCUCUCUCAUCUCCACAUAAUCCACGAACAUGAAAUGAACAUCAACCCAUGGUCCAUUCCAAACCUCUCUUCAACUUCUUCAUCCUCCGGUGUUCCCGUUUUCUUCGGAAGCUUGUAUGAGCUGCCGGAAGGGAAGUGUGCCGUGGUUUUCCGGCUUCAUACGGCUGUAUGUGAUCGGACGACGGCGGUGGGAGUUCUUAGGGAGCUGAAGGAGUUGAUGAAGGAGGUAGAGAUGGAAAAUAGUUGUUUUGGGAAGGUUAGUUUGGUAAUUGAAGAUUUGGUUCCUGUCGGUAAAGCAAAGAAGGCUAUUUGGGCUCAUGGGCUUGAUAUAUUGGGCUAUUCUGUUAAUUCUCUUAGAUUUACAAACUUAAAGUUUAAAGAUGUUUCUGAGCCCAGAUGUUCUCAAGUUGUGAGGUUACAGCUCAGCAAACAAGACACUUCCCAAAUUCUCGCGGAUUGUAAGUUAAGAGGAAUAAAGCUAUGUGGAGCUCUAGCGGCUGCCGGAGUGAUGGCAGCGCAAUCCGGUCAGCGAAACUCCGGCGAUCCACUUCAAUACAAGCAAAAUAGCGUUGGUAAUAAAUACGCUAUUGUAACUCUCACCGAUUGUCGGACCGAUCUUGAACCGCCCCUUUCAAGUCACAACUUUGGAUUUUACCAUUCUGCCAUCAUGACCAUGCACGUAGUGAAACGAGGAGAAACGGUGUGGGACUUGGCAGAAAGGAUCUACACAUCCCUUUCGAAUUCGAAACUAUCAAACAAACACUUUACAGACAUGUCUGACCUCAACUUUCUUAUGUGCAAGGCCAUUGAAAACCCUAGCCUGACACCACAUUCGUCUUUGAGGACUUCGUUGAUGUGUGUUUUCGAGGAUACUGUGGUGGACAAUUCGGAAAGUCAAUUCGGAUUGGAAGAUUUUAUUGGAUGCGCUUCGACUCAUGGAGUCGGGCCAUCGAUUGCUGUAUUUGACACUAUAAGAGAUGGGAAGUUGGAUAUUGUGUUUGUUUAUCCGUCGCCUCUACAUUCUAGGGAGCAAAUGGGAAGGAUGGUGGAGGAGAUGAAGAGGGUUCUUGUGGAGGGUAGAACUUAGAAGCAAGAAUGUUCAAUGAUGAAUUUGUUAUUUUACAUAUUUGGAAUUUGUCUAAUGUGUUUCUAGUAGAUUAUUAUCUUAUUAAUAGUCUAAAAAUGUUAUAUUUAUGGGGGAACCUUACAUGAU